AUGAAUUAUCAUCUAGUUACACUUGUUCUAUACACUAUCGGUGGAAGUUUAGCAACAUUUACCAAUAAAAUGAAUAGUACUACUAUUUCAUCAACAGUCAAAAAUACAACAACAACAAUGACAAAAAUAAAAAAACUUGCUAAAUAUACAAAUGAAAAUAAACUAUCGGGAACUCAAUACAUGUCUGAAGUUGGUUCACGUUGUACUGAUGAUGGUUUUUUUGCUGAUCGAGAUGAUUGCCGUAAAUUUCAUGUAUGCUAUGGUGGUACACAAUCAGUUCGUUGGUGUAAAAAUGGAAUGCUUUGGGAUGAAACUAAAAUUGGUUGUAGUUUACAAAGUUCAACAUCAUGUAUUGGUGGUAGAAAAAAAUGGGGUCAAGAGGAAGAUACAACAACAACAACUACAACAGCAUCAACAAUGAUAGGAACAGAUUCUAAAUUGGGUAAAGGUAAUUAUACAUGUCGAUCUGGUGCAACUGGUUUCUUUGCUGAUCCAAGUUCAUGUUCGAUAUAUCAUUGGUGUGUUAUUGGAGUUCUUCAAUCAACACAUCGUUGUAAUGCUGGAUUACAUUUUUCAGCUAGUGCAAACGGAUGUUUAUGGCCAAAAGAUGCUGAAUGUGAAGGACAAAUAGCGCCACCAUAUUCACCAAUUGAAUGUGCCACAGGUAGUUCAGGUUAUUUUCCUGAUCCAUAUGAUUGUUCUGUAUUUCAUUAUUGUGAUGGAGCGAAAAGUCAAAGUGAUUCUUUACUUUGUUCAUCUGGUCUGAUAUGGAGUUCACGUAUGGAAAGUUGUGCUUGGCCUCAUGAAGUGACAGAAUGUCAAAAUUCAUGUCCAGCAAAUUAUUCAAGUCAAAUGCGUUUUGCUGAUCCAGUUAUAUGUUCUCAAUAUGUUCAAUGUGUUGAUGGUCAUUUAGAACAACGAACAUGUCCCAAUAAUUUAUUAUUUGAUCGUAUUACAAAAACAUGUAAACCAUAUGAACAAGCUGAAUGUCAUGGUGCUAAACCUGAUUCUUCAACAGGAACAACAACAACCACAAUUUCACCAUAUUCAACGCCUGAUAUCAUGUCAAAUAAUGGUGGAGUAAUUAAAAAACAACGUUCGACUCGAUUUAGUUGUAUUUCUGAUGGCUAUUAUGGUGACGCACAAGAUUGUCGUAUUUAUCAUGUAUGUAUUGAUGGACGUGAUUAUCGAUCAAUGUGUGCACCAGGUCUAGCAUGGGAAUCUUUAUUACGUUUAUGUAUGCCAGCUCAUUUAACUGGUUGUCAAAGUUCAAAAUCUUUUGAACCACCAUCAGGAUCAUCGAAGAAAAAAUGGUUUCCAUUUACACGUUCAGUUCUAAAAACGACAACAACUACAACAACAACAUCAACACAGGCUGUACCAUUUGGAUUACCAUCUAUUUUUACUUGUGCUGGUCGUUCUAAUGGUUAUUAUGCAGAUCCUGUACAUUGCCAUAAAUUUCAUUAUUGUGCUACAGGCUGGCAUAGUGUAAUGGAAUGCGACAAUGGUUUAGCAUAUUCAGCGCAAGAUAAUGAUUGUGUUCCUGCCGAACUGGCCGAUUGUGGAAAUAAUCGAUUAAUGAGAAAGAAAUAUUAA